AUGGCUAAACAGUAUGAUGUACUGUUUAGACUCUUGCUUCUUGGAGACUCUGGGGUCGGAAAAACCUGCUUAUUAUGCAGAUUUACGGACAAUGAAUUUCACCCAUCGCACAUUUCCACAAUCGGUGUGGAUUUCAAAAUGAAGACACUGGAAAUAGAUGGCAUCAAAGUACGAAUACAGAUAUGGGACACAGCUGGUCAGGAGAGAUACCAGACCAUCACAAAGCAGUACUACAGACGAGCACAGGGGAUCUUCUUGGUGUAUGACAUCACAAGCGAGCGCUCCUUUCAGCACAUUAUGAAGUGGGCCAGCGAUGUGGACGAGUAUGCUCCUGAUAAGGUUCAGAAGAUUCUUGUGGGAAACAAGUCAGAUGAGGAACACAAAAGACAGGUGGCGACAGAGCAGGGCAACAAGUUAGCCAAGGCUUAUGGAAUGGACUUUUUUGAGACAAGUGCCUUCACCAACCACAACAUUAAAGAGUCAUUCACUCGAUUGGCUGAGCUGGUCCUGCAGGCCAAUAAGAAAGACCUGGAUGUGCUUCGAAACUCCAUCAACGAUGAGCUCAGUCUUGCCGUACUAGAGGAGGAGGAGGGUGCAUGCGAUAGUGGUGUGGACUCACAGAAGUCCUGCUGGUGUUGA